UCUUAACGCGUUUUUAAUUAUGAAUCUGUGGAACUUUUUAUUGUUACUAUUUUCAAGAAAUCUUCUGCAAUGGGCCUCUGCAAACGAAGAAGAAAUAUACAAAUCUGUUGUUCUAAUUGCAGACCAAAAAAUUGGUGAUCCAGUUCAACAAUUUAUAGGUACAGGAAAUAUAUUAAAUGAACGAUGGGUUCUCGCAUUAAGCCGAAUCAUCAAACCUAAGGCAGAGUUAGUGGUAAUUCCAGGUCAUGAAGUAUUUAUUGAUAUCAGCAAAAACAAAAACAAGUACCGUGUAAUAAAUAUACUGAAGCAAGAAGACUGGUCAAAAUCUGAACAUGCUUUCACCUUACUACAAACUGCCCCUGAUAUAAAAUUUGAUAACUUUACGACUGUCAAAAACAUGUUUUAUAGUUUCAAUGCAAAAGGUAAACUUAAUUCGAAUUGUGAACUGGUAACUUGGCACUUAGAUCUAAAAAAAAGGAAAUGGACUAAAAUACGAAUUUCUGUUCAUCUUAAAGUCUCCUCGACCAUUUGCAAAGCUAACACUGCCUAUGAAUCUUGUGUUAGUGUUUUGAAUACAAAUUAUUUGUUAAGGCCGUGUGUCCAUAAAGUUGUCCUAGGAGCUCCUUUAGUAUGUGAUGUAUCAGUUAAAGGAAUCUAUUUUGGCGAAGAUGCAAUUCAGUGCAGUAAAUCUUUAGCUAUAUCUGUUAAUAAAGUGUACCUUUUCGAACAAGAUCCCAGCAUGCUACACUUUUUGUAUGGGCAAGCACUCCGUAAAAAACUAAAAAGAAAGAUAAACGCUCCAGAAGAGCCGACUCAGGUUAAGUUUGAGAUUUCAAGCUCAAGUAAAACCAGUACAUCACCUGAAGGAACCACCAUGCAAAGUUCACAAUCUCAUUCAGUUACUCAAUUGGCAGAAGAACAGGCUUCAGCUUCAUCACAAAAUAGUGCACAACCUCAAAAUAAUAACUCAUCUACUCAAAAUCAGUCUAAACCACCAACUGAAGUAAAUCAAGUACAGCCUUUAGAUAGUCGGGCAAACAAACCGUUUGUAGCCAUCACUCAGGCAAAUCAAGAGAAGCCUUUAAACUCGUCUCAAGGUGGCAAUGGCAAGGCAAACGAACCGCUUACAAACGCCACUCAACCAAAACAAGACAAGCCUUUAGACUCGUCUCAAGGGGCCAAUGGAAAGGUGGAUCAGGCAAACGAAUCGCCUAAAGGCGACACUGAGGUAAAUCAAAACAAGCCUGUAGAGUCUCAAGGUGGUGGUGGAAAGAGUGUUCAGGACGACACAGAUCAGCAAAAAGCGUAUAAAAAAUUGCUUUCUGUUAUAAAGUCCGGUACUUUCGAAGAAGGUGAUGCAUACAUUUCCGAAUAUUUGAUAGAUUCUUCGCACUAUGAACUUGAAAAUAUGAAUAUGAAUCCAAGUGAUCGAGAAGAAGAUUCGGAGUAUCUUAAAAAUAUGAUCUUUAGAAAGAGAGAACAAUGUUCGGGUGGAAAUUAUUGGAAAAUUCAAUACUGCUUCCUUUUGAUUUAUCAUUUAUUGUUAACAUUAUUUAUUUAAUAAAGUAUUAAUACAUUCCAAAC